CGCGCUGCACAGAAACAUGGAGGAGAAGAGGAAGAGCAGUUCGGAUUCUGCGCGCGAGCUGAGUCACAUGUUUUAGCUGAAAGCUGAGCGGUUCGGAGUGAAGGUGGCUCUGAGGACUCGGUUCGGAGUGAAGGUGGCUCUGAGGACUCGGUUCGGAGUGAAGGUGGCUCUGAAGACUCGGUUCGGAGUGAAGGUGGCCCCUGAGGACUCGGUUCGGAGUGAAGGUGGCUCUGAGGACCCGAUGGCUGGGAGACGGGCGGUGGCCGCAGCAGCGGGUCGGCUCGUGAUGGACGUGAUGCAGUCAGAUUGGGAGCCUCUGUCUCACUGCGAGCUGGAGCAGCGUCUGGACCAGGCUGUGGAGGAAAUCCUGGAGGCGGAGCUGAUGUCUGGAGCCCAGGGACGGGCCGAGUGUGUGUUGGUGCAGGUCUCUCAGGAGGACGAGACGAUCCCAAACACUGUGGUCUUGCAGACAUCCACUCCAGCAGCCUCGCUCCUCCAUCAGGAACAUGGAGAACCUGCUUCAGAGGACCACCAGCAUGUCACUGAGAUCCAGGAGAACCCCACAGUCCAGUACAUCACGUCUCUUCUACAGAAGCUGGAGCGGAGUCACAGUCCGAGGCGUUUGACAGGGAGAGCUCGCCUGUCCUUGUCCCACACGGUGUUCCUGUCUCUCACUCUGCUCUCCAGCCGCCUCAGUUACCGCGCCGUGUCCUCCACCUUCGGCCUGGAGAAAGGGAACAUCCACCGCAUCUUCUUCUCCUUCUGCCACAGAGUCAACGCGCUGCAGGAUCACCUCAUCCGCUGGCCCACGGGUCUGGAGGCAUCGGAUCUCCUGCUCCCCUUCUCCAGGGGGCUGGGUUUGGAUCACAGGCUUGAGCAGAAAGGUCUCCCUAAAGUGUUUGGUGUGUUGGGCCACACCCGCAUCCCGAUCUGCCUUCCUGGCAGCAAACAGGACUCGGAGAGCGACGCACCAAACACUGAGCGGCUCAGGAAGCGGCCUCGCCCGGACUCUUGGUUAAAUCUGGAGCUGGUGUGUGAUGCUGAGGGUCGUUUCAUCCACUGCAGCGUCAGCCGAGGUUCUCCGAGAGACCGAGGUGGUGCUCUGAGUCAGAGAUUAGCGCAGAACUCUGCGCUCCUCCCUCCCGGAACCUGCCUGCUAGCCGGAGUGGGAUAUCCCCUCACACAGCACAUCCUCACCCUGUUCCGUCCCGCACGCACCCCGCAGGAGAACCUCUAUAACAGAGCCGUGGAGACGCACCUGAGCCGGCUGGAGCAGGCCGUGGCCGACCUGAAGGAACGCUUUGGAAGACUGCGAUGUCUGGACAUGGGGAAGUGUGAGAGGGGCGGAGCCGUGGUGUUGACCUGCUGCAUCCUGCACAACGCACUGCUCCAGGCCGGCCACAUCAGCACGGGGCAGGUGGAGAACCACACGGGGGUAGACGACGAUGAGGAGGAGCAGGAGGGAAUGAAAGAGGAAGCUGGACUCUCACUGAGGGAAAGGGUCACUCAUCUGCUGUACAGCGCUCUGGAUUCGAGGGCGGAGUAACACAAGAAACGUUAGUGUUAUCACUCGGCGUUUCAGAUCAUUAAAUUAUGAAGAAAAAAUAUCUUCUCUCGAUACUUGAUGUCACUUCUGAUCCACAAUAAGCUUCACGAUAUUCAGAUUCACUAACAAACUGUAAUGUUGCGUUUUGACUACAAAAAUAAAUUACUUAAAACUGCAAAGCAGAAAAGUCGGUCCCCUAUGGGUCCACGUGGCUUAUAAAUAAACAAAAUAGUUUUCUGAUCCCAUGUCCAUACAGUAAAUACAGCACAUAUCACAGCAACUUUAAAAUCGCAGAAGUAAAAUAUACCAAGUGUCUGUACUUCUAUAUUAUUCUACUCUUACCGCUUAGUUUUCCAAACUGAACCCUCCGACCCGAGGCUGACACACACACUGUCGCCAUGACCCAAACUCUUAUUUCCCAGAAAUGGCCCGACGCUGGAGCUCAGUGGUCUCAAUAUUCUAUUCAACAGCUUCCUGUAACAACUCUGAAGUGCGUCACAUCUCCAUCACGCACAGGACCACUGGCUGGAGACGGCGAGGAAAGGGGGACGACCUGGAGUAGGUUUUAAAAUGCGAAUGCACUUUCCCUCUGUAAUAAGCAUAAACACGUCUGAUAGCAAUUUCUUUAGUCGGUUUAUUUCGAACGGUGAACCAAAUUGUAUACACUCACUGGCCAUUUUAAUAGGAACACACGCAUGUGCUGUGCGCGAUCGUUACACUCUUACAGCAUGAUGGCGUAGUGGCUAGCGCCUCUAUACAAGGCAGUAGACACAACAAAAACCUAUUUGGUUUGAAUUUAAAAAAUAAACUUUUAACAUCAAAUCCGCUGCUUUUGAUCAGAGCUUAUAAUUGUUUUAAAAAAAUUUUUUAUAUCUCUGGAAAUCUUUUUCAAAUUUGAUUGAAAACUCCACUCUAACACAACCAGUUUAAGAUAAAUACAGCAGGAACUGUGGAAUAUUUUUCAGAAUUUUCACUUAAGCUGCAAAUCUUUUUUUUUUUUUAUGGCUACGUAAAAAAAAAAAAAGACAUUUAAAUAUUUUAAAUAAACCUGUUUACAUAAAGACUUGUAGAUAUUAACAAUUAAAUUGAUAAACAUCUUCCACAUAAAUUUAUGAAGUCCUAGUCUAAGCUCUCAGACAUACAGUCGCUCAUCAGGCCCAUGAUGGAGUGCGUUUACAAACGUCCCAGUGAGACAUGAUACUUGGACUGGGAGAGGGAUACUGAGGCCCCGCCCUGGGGGAGGGGCUUGUUACUUAGCAUCUGGCUGGGUUCGGCCCAAAGUCUCAUCUCAUUAUCUGUAGCCGCUUUAUCCUUCUACAGGGUCGCAGGCGAGCUGGAUCCUAUCCCAGCUGACUACGGGUGAAAGGCGGGGUUCACCCUGGCCAAGUCGCCAGGUCAUCACAGGGCUGACACAUAGACACAGACAACCAUUCACACUCACAUUCACACCUACGCUCAAUUUAGAGUCACCAGUUAA